GUCAAAUUAACAAUGGAAGACAGGACGAUGCCAUCCGAUGCACUCACCAAGGUUCGCGCGGUGGACGACGACGCGCUUGCGGUCUUCGACGACCCGCAGGUCAAGCAUGAAGUUCUUCACAAGAUCUGGGAGCUGCACAGGGACGACGAGCGUCACGCACUGCAUGAAAUCAAUAAGCUGGAACACAUCAAGUACUACAAGCCGAUUCUGUAUGCGACAGAACCAGUACCUUUCGGUACGAACUACUUUGGCAAGAUCCUGCUUAACGAAAACGAGCAGUGUAUACAUGUUCGCGUACUCAAAGCGGAAGGCGGGACACUCAAUUUCCACGCGGUACAUUGGCGGAGUCCCGAGAAGGGCGGUGCCAUCUUUGGGAAGGAUGAUGAGCUCGAGUAUUUUGAGUACUAGACUCGUGCAAUGAGGUUCAAUGCAUGUGAACAAAGAGCAGGGGACUUUAGUUCUGCCGCAGUCAGCGGAGAAGUGAAGCGCGUGAAUGCAUGUUCAUGUGAUGUGAGACAGGGUAAUGAACUGCCAUAUUCUU